AUGUCUUACCGGGAGCUUCGAGGUAAGAAAGGUCGUAAAAUACGAAUGGUCUGGCUAAAAUGGUGUUUGAAAACGAGUAGUAGUAUAAUCUACAGCACUCUCUGUAAGCAGCAACUUUCAGAUGCGGUGGAAAUCCUCCGCUUUCUCCAAUAUCCACGUUUAAUUUCGAUUGAAAACUUCCGGAAUCCAAAUUUCCCGUUAAUGGCGGAAAUUGUUGAAUGGACAGUGAAAAAGUGAGUAGAACUUGUGCCCAAAAGUCCUGAGGGUUUAUCGUGGCACUGAAUCGGUUCUCGAAAAAAUGGGAAUUGCGCGCGACGAAAUGCAGAAAAAUCAAAAUGCAGACUAUCCUUCAUUUCGGGCAGGUUUUAUUUGAGGAAAUAUUGGCCCGGGCAUCGCGAUUAUCAGGCCAAUAUUGUAAAAUUGUUGAUUAGAUAGCCAAAGUUGGCAUGACAGUAAAAAAACUUUCUUUUUGUUUGGCUAGCCAAGAGCUUGGAUUGGCUAGCCAGCACGUCAGAAUGGCUGUCAAAGGUGUUUUCUACCGUUGCCAUUACCUGUGAAGGCAGGCUGUUCAGAAAGUUUGGUCGUUUUUUUUAUUGCUUUGUUUUACAAAGAUUGUUUGUUGUUUGGCAAAGCGAAUAUAUUUAUUUGAUAAAGCUUUUUCCCCUCUACAAAACUGCGUAUUUCGUUUUUCUUGAAAGCUUAAUUUUUUAUUAUUUUUCGGGCUCAAAAGUGAACCAUCCAAAAGGCAAAAAUUUGCGUUUACGGCACCUGCUUUUUUCGCUUUCCAUCGAGGACAAAAAGUUUGGCUGUCCAAUGGAAUGCUUGGCAAGCCGAUACGGGUUUCUUGGCUAGUCAUUUAAGGGCUUGAGCUGCUUACUCUUUGUCAUCAAUUCCAACCUUUCGGUUCGCCUUUACUAUUUACAAAGCAAAUCUCUCUCCAAAUGAAAAGUUGCGAAAAAAUGGGCAAAUUACUUUACAUAUUUUCGUAGCGACAAGAAAAAGUCGUCCAGCGCAAAUUCUCAGGACUUUUUACAAAGGACUUACUUUCUCACACUAUUACUAAAGGUUCGAUCCAAACUACCGAGUGCCAAAGAACAUUGAUACGGAGCAAAACCGAGUGCUGUUCGUGAAAAGUUGCGUUUUGGCGCUCGUCCAAAAAGCCCGAGUCAAAAUCAACCCGAAGAACUUGUAUCAGGUAAAGACUGUCGCUGGAAUUAUAUUAAUUUCGAUGUUUAGUCCGAUGGAUAUGCGGUUAGAGAGCUGUUGCCGGUGCUGAAGUUGCUGUACGAAGGCAACAAGGAGAAGAUCACGGAUGACAGCCAAAACAAAGCGCAGUUGCAGGUGCUGAGAUCGCAGAUUACUGGCAAGGUAGGAGAGGGUUGUAAAGGGUGUAAAUCUUUUAUUUCUUUAGCGUCAAGAGAUCCGCGACUGUAUCAACAAGGUCUUGGAGUUGCCGCAACAAAGCGCCAACCUUUAUGAUUUAUUGGCAAAGGAAUUGGUGGCAAGAGUAAGCGAUACUCGCAAGGAUCUUACAUACAGUGGCGGGCCCGAUACAGUGGCAAAAAACGUAGUAUUUUGUAUUCGGGAAGUAUCAAAAAAUGUGGCAAAAUACCUCCCUCUCCAAGUGAAAAAAACUCCAAUUUUUAAAAAGCGCCCUUCAAAAUGGAAUUUUUUCACUUGGAGAGGGAAGCAUUUUGCCACAUUUUGGAUACUUCCCGAAUAAAAAAUGGUGCGUUUUUUCCACUGAAUCAGGUCCGUCACUAUAUAUAAGAGCUCGGGACUUACACAUUAAUCUUUGUGUGUCCAGAAAAUGUGUCACGAUGACACCCGUUUAAAAUGUGCGAUUUGUCCAAAAAAAGGUUGUAUACGGCUAGGAAUGCUCUCUACAGUGGGGACCUGAUCCAGUGACAAAAGGCAUACCAUUUUCCAUCCGGCAAGCAUCACAAAUGUGGCAAAAUGCUUCCCUGUCCAAGUGAAAAAACUCCGAUUUCAAAAGCGCGCCUGUUUUUUGUGAGGGAAACUUCAAAACCAAGUUUUUUUUUCACUUGGAGAGGGAGACAUUUUGCCGCAUUUUUGAUGGUUUCUGGAUGGAAAACGGUACGUUUUUUGCCACUGGAUCAGGUCCGGUACUGUAGAGCACCCACAAAAAAAUUUAAGCUCAAAACUUUUAUAAUGCGCAUAUUUAAUGACGGAUUUUUUGGAUUCCUUUCGCGGUGAGGGGCUUUGCAAUGCCCAAAUUUUCUUGAGAUGCCGUAGAGAGUACUCCUAGCCAUUCCCAGCCGUUUUUUUAUACCGCUAGCACCUUUUAAACCGCUGUCAUCGUGACAUAUUUUCUGAACACACUAAGAUUUAUAGGUCCCAAUUUGGGACUCCCAGACCAAAAUCUAUCGAUUUUGGCCUAGACAUAACGUAUGUGCCAUGUCAUCAUUUUUUCACCACCAUUUCUUGCAGGAAGCCCGAACCAAGGCGCUCAGCCAAUCGUUGAACGUCAGAGACGUCGAGAAGACCCUGAAAACAAUGGUUCAGCACAUCCGAGAGCAAUAUAAUGACAUUGAAAAUCGGAUGAAGAAUCUAGGAAGCGAUGAGAAAGGGCUGGACGAGAAGAUCGACCGACGAGAAAGAGAAUUGGAUCAAUUGCACAAACGCUUGGCCAAAUUGCAGGUAAUCGCUUUACGAGUACUGAGCAGUAUAAUUGGUCAAGACCGGGGAUUUUUUUUUGGCCGAAUUGGCCAAGACUUGACCGGUUGGUCGUUCGGCCAGUCAUUUUGUACAUGAUAGCCAACUUGACUGGUCAGCUUGGUAAUCAAAGUCAACUUGACCGGAAAGAUUGGGCACAAUGGACAACUUGUCCAGUGAAAUUAGUCAUAAUGGGCAAUUUUAUUGGUCAGGUUGGUAAUCAAAGGCAACUUGACCAGUCAGUUUUGGGCAUUAUGGGCAACUUUACCGGUCAAAUUGGGCAUUUUUACCGGUCAAAUUAGUCAUGAUGGACAACUUGACCGGUCAAACUGGGCAUUAUGGGCACCUUAUUGGUCAGUCAGAUUGGGUAUUAUAUAGGCAAUUGACCGGUUAGAUGGAGCAUUAUGGGCAUUUUUAUUGGUCAAAUUAGUCAUGAUGGGAAACUUGACCGGUCAGAUUUGUCAUGAUGGGCAACUUGACCGGUCAAAUUAAUCAUGAUGGGCAAUUUUAUCGGUCAGGUUGGCAAUCAAUGGCAACUUGACCGGCCAAAUUAGUCACUAUGGGCAACUGUCUUCUCAAGAAAAAAUAACAUCAAAAAAUUUCAGUCCUUCCGUCCCCCGCACAUGGACGAAUUCGAACGUCAAGAAGCCCGACUUCAGAACCUCUACAACGAAUACAUCCUGCAAUUCCGCAAUCUGACUUAUUUGAACGAGAAACUGCUGGAUGUUGAGAGAGCGGAACGGGAAAAAAGCGACGAGGCCGAGCGAUCGAUGCGAAUGACGGUGGAGAAAAUGAAGGACGACAAUAAACGACUCCCACAACUGAGUGGGGCCGAAAUGGAAAACGUCAAACAAAAUGGUGAGCAAAUUUAGCGUUAAAGUUUGGGCUAAACCAUAGACUUUGGUUUAGCGGUUGAAAGCUAAAUAUCGCCUGUUAUUGCAAAGCUGACCGGUCAGGUCAAGUCAAAAAAUUUUUUUUUGUUGCGAAGUACAGUGACGGACCCGAAGCAAAAAACGUACCAUUUUCGAUCCCGGAAGUAUCAAAAAAUGUGGCAAAAUGCCUCCCUCUCCAAUAAAAAAACUCCGUUUUGAAGAGCGCUUUUGAAAUCGGAUUUUUUCACUUGGAGAGGGAGGCAUUUUGCCACAUUUUUUGACACUUCCCGAAUGCAAGAUGGUACGUUUUUUGCCAGUGGAUCAGUUUUCUAUUUGUAGUUGAUUCCUCAAGUCGUUGGAGUGAUUUUGACAAACUUUUUGCGCCCUGCAAAUGGCUUUUUUGGUUGUCACUUGCACCCCGACUUUUUCUGCAUCGUACAAACACCCAAAAUCACUCCAGUGACUUUGCAAACGGACUAGUAACCAACUUGCCCAAGAUGACCGGUCAGAUUGGGCAAAUUCAAAUACACAAAAUUCGAUGAAAUUUCCCUGUGGCUCUUAUGGAAGUUUCAUGGGCAACUUGUCCAACCUGACCGGUCAAAUUGGUCAUUUUCACAUAUGCAAAAUUCGAUAAAAAUCUCGAUAUUGCCCUCUCGAAUUUUCCUAAAAACCCCAAUUUUUAGUCAUCAAGUUCUACGGCAACAUGACUGGCGCCGGGGUUUCCGACGAAGAAGACGAGGAAGACGACUACGGCGACAACUUGGACGACAUGAAAAUCAACGAGCUCGACGAUGUCGACACGACCGACGACGACGCCGAAAACGAUCAACGCGAGUCCCUGGCGAGACGACGAGAGCGCCAGAGAAGCAGUACGAAUCUGUGGGGAGAGAACGGGAACAGCACCGGGAUCACCGAGAACAUCGAAAACGAAGAGAGCCAGAGUUUGGAGAAGCAGGAGGAGGUCAAGAAGAUCGAGGAGAGCAAUGACAGCGAUGACAAUUUUUAA